AGUGGAUGAUGCCCGUAUCUCCCAGGGCAAAAGAGACAGUCGACGGGGACAUUGCCGAUCGUCGGUGACGUUCAGGCUCAGCAGACUGGCUUGCCGUGGUGAGUGACGAAGCAGAUCCAGAAUCCAGAUCCCCCCAUCCCACCGGAUCUCCCAGACGCCCAUGCCGUCAUGCCGCACGUGACCGUCAAGCGACCGAGGAAAGUCGCUGAGUCAGCACCGCUCUGAUCCGGCGGUCACGGGCGGGUGUCCACAAAUCAGGACGAGCCCCAGACCGACGCGACCCAAAGAGGGAACGGCGAGUGACAGCGCAUGAAGAGAGUGUCUUUGUUGUGUUGUUGAGGUAAACAGAAUCAUAACAAGAAUAAUUCGUUCCUGGUACGGCUUCACGGGACUAUUUAGUAUUUCUGUCUCUGGUCUGAACUGAUCUGGUUCUUCUUUUUUCUUUUCCCCCCCUCCUCUACUAUCCACUGUCUCCUGAAUCGUCUUGGGCACGUACACAACGAAUUUUCCCACCGCCUCCCCUCCUUUCAUCUCCCCCCUUCCACAUUCCCAUCUUCACCUCACAUUUUUCUUUCUUAAUUCUUGUUUCAUCACCACUCAAUUCGACCCGCCAUCAUGAGAGAAGUUAUUAGUUUGAACGUCGGUCAGGCUGGUUGCCAGAUCGCCAACUCUUGCUGGGAGGUAUGGGAAAUUGAAUCUCUAAUCUUAGAUUCUCGCGGAAUGCACAAUGCCUGCGGGGCAUGACGUCGAGAGGAAACGGAAUGAAUCGAUAAAAAAAAUUGAUGCUAAUCGACUGUUGUGGUGUAGCUUUACUGCCUCGAGCACGGCAUCCAGGUACGUGAUUUUGGUUGGAAAAACGGCGACACCUCGCUACACCGGGAUCGAAAUCCAAGGAAACUGACCGCUGGUUACCAUAGGCCGAUGGUUACCUGACCGAAGAACGCAAGAGGGAUGACCCCGACCACGGCUUCAGCACCUUCUUCUCCGAGACUGGUACGUUCUUUCCCUGUCUCGCUCGUAUUUCGAUGUUUCAAUCAAUUUUCAUCAAUUUGCAUCAAUUUGCAACCACUCUGACCGCCGUGAUGGUAUCAAUUUCCAGGCCAGGGCAAAUAUGUUCCCCGUACCAUCUACUGCGAUCUGGAGCCCAACGUUGUCGAUGAGGUCCGCACCGGCACCUACCGCAGCCUCUUCCACCCCGAGAACAUGAUCACUGGCAAGGAGGAUGCCUCGAACAACUACGCCCGUGGUCACUACACCGUCGGCAAGGAGAUGAUCGACCAGGUUCUCGACAAGGUUCGCCGUGUGGCCGACAACUGUGCCGGUCUCCAGGGAUUCCUGGUCUUCCACUCCUUCGGUGGUGGUACCGGUUCUGGUUUCGGUGCUCUGCUCAUGGAGCGUCUCUCCGUCGACUACGGCAAGAAGUCCAAGCUGGAAUUCUGCGUCUACCCUGCUCCCCAGAACGCCACCUCCGUUGUCGAGCCCUACAACUCCAUCCUGACCACCCACACCACCCUGGAGCACUCCGACUGUUCCUUCAUGGUCGACAACGAGGCUAUCUACGACAUCUGCCGCCGCAACCUGGGCAUUGAGCGCCCCAGCUACGAAAACCUGAACCGUCUGAUCGCUCAGGUCGUCUCGUCCAUCACCGCCUCCCUGCGUUUCGAUGGCUCCCUCAACGUGGAUCUCAACGAGUUCCAGACCAACCUGGUCCCCUACCCCCGUAUCCACUUCCCUCUGGUGGCCUACGCCCCCGUCAUCUCCGCCGACAAGGCCUCGCACGAGUCCAACUCCGUCAGCGAGAUCACCAUGUCCUGCUUCGAGCCCAACAACCAGAUGGUCAAGUGUGAUCCCCGCAACGGCAAGUACAUGGCCACCUGUCUGCUCUACCGCGGUGACGUUGUCCCCAAGGAGACCCACGCUGCCGUUGCCACCCUCAAGACCAAGCGUACCAUCCAGUUCGUCGACUGGUGCCCUACCGGUUUCAAGAUUGGUAUCUGCUACCAGCCCCCUCAGCAGGUCCCCAACGGUGACCUCGCCAACCUCGACCGUGCUGUUUGCAUGCUGUCCAACACCACUGCUAUCUCCGAGGCCUGGUCCGCUCUCGACCACAAGUUCGAUCUCAUGUACUCGAAGCGUGCUUUCGUCCACUGGUACGUUGGUGAGGGUAUGGAGGAGGGUGAAUUCUCCGAGGCCCGUGAGGACCUGGCUGCCCUCGAGCGCGACUACGAGGAGGUUGCCAGCGACUCGCUGGAGGAGGUUGAGGAGGCCGAGUACUAAACCGGCACGGCCGUUUAGCCGCAACAAACCGGCUGAUGGUGACGGACCACCUGGCUGGUCACCUUUCGUGGUUAUUUCCCAAUGGUUGGGACAAUGGGGACCGGCAUUGGCCCAGGCUGUCAGAGUGAGUUGCGCAACCGGUGUGGUUUGCAAAUAGGAGAAAUGCGUUGGCUUAGCACAGACUACUAUGUUUUCUUUGAUAUAUGUUUAAUAUCCCUGAAGCAGCGAUGAAUUUACCGCUCGUUCGCAAGACCAGAUUUUUGCACUUAGAAAAUUGUAAUUCAGAAGUUUUGUUCGCUGGCUGGGCAGGUGGGAUAAGAGAGGGCGAUGGUUCU